AUGAAUAAAUUUAUUGCAUCACAUGUCAAUCCUUUCCGGCUGUCUUCCGAUUGUCUUGACCUAAUUUUUUUACAUUUUAAAAAUGAUAAAGCAUCUCUUUAUUCUUUCAUUCUGGUAAAUCGUCAUUUUUGUCGACUCGUUAUUCCAUUACUUUGGAGUCAUCCAUUUGAAUGCGUGAGCAAAGAGAAAGCUCCUUUAAUCAUUCGAACUUACAUUUCUUGUCUUUCUGAUAUCGAAAAAGAACAAUUGAUUGCUGAAGACAUCAUAUUUGCUAAUCCUUGUGCGUUGUUUAAUUAUCCAAAAUAUUUACAAAGUUACGAAUCUCAUCAAAUUCGAUUAGCUAUAGAGAAAUGGCUUCGGUCUCCUGGAUUUAAUACUAGAAAUUUGGGCGAAAAAACACGUUUCACUUAUCAACUUUUAGGAAAUUUCAUCUUUAGUAAUUGUUAUAAUCUUAGAGAAUUAACCUAUCAUUGGAACGAAGAGUUUAACACCAUCAAUUUAUUGGACAUUACGUCGUUUUCCGGUUUUCGACAUGCCAUUAGUUCUCUUAGAACGUUCAAGUUUGAAUAUUGUUGUCUUCCUACUCAAAUUACUGGAAAUUUAUUUGCUGUAAUAUCUCAGUGUACUCGUAAUAUUCAUCAUCUCUCAAUUAAUACUGAAAGCGAUUUACGUACUGAAAUCACAAAAGCGAUAUUACAUUUUAUACAAUCUCAAUCCAACAUCAAAAUCCUUUCAAUCAACAUGUAUUCUGAUGAAGAUUUAAAAACAAAAGCACUGUAUAAAUCGAUUCAAUUUCAUUCUCAUUCCCUAACUCAUCUCAAGUUGGAUGGUGUAAAUGAAUUUAAUCAAUUGUUGAAAUUAUUGAUGAAAUGUAAAAAUUUACAAACUUUGGAAUUAAGAGGUUUUGAUCCUGAAGAUAUUCCUGAUCUUUUUGAUUUACCGAUAACUUUUAUUAAUAUUCGAGAUCUUUAUUGCAUGCCAUGCAUGCCUCUCAGACAUGAUAUUAGUCCAACAAGUCAAAUACAUAUAAUUUCUCUUGUUCAACUCCUAAAGAUGAGCAAUCAAAAUCUUAAAACCUUUACUUUUCUGUCUAAUGUCACACCAGAACUAAUGAAAGCCAUUGAACAUUAUUGCCCAAAUCUUACACAUUUAUCCAUAGCUAUAUUAAGUGAACAUUUUGUAAAUUUCUAUUCCUUACUUUCAGGACUACCAAAACUUGAAAAUCUUUCUUUAAAAAUUUAUCCUGAAACUCUAGCAUCUUCAAUUUUUUCAAUUCAAGAUUUUACAGAUUCUAUUCCAUCAACAUUAAAAAGUUUCGGCAUUAAUUUUCAUAUUCCUGUAGAAACUUUGGAAACCUUAUUAUUCAAGUUACAACGAUGUAGCGCAAAGAUCUCGACGUUAAUUUUUUAUAGUAGUCUUAUGGUUACGGAUGAAUAUUUAAGAAUAAUCACUCGUUAUGCUCAAGAUUGUGGUGGUCAUUUUCGUGAAUUUAGAUAUGUUACCUCAAGGCAAAUUGGUUCGGAGUCAUUUUCUUCAGAAGAAUUAAAAAAAGCAAAAGGCUCAAUUCCUAUAGUUGGUGUCGCGGAAUCAUUUUAUACACCUUUCUAUGGUAAGCUUUUAUAA